AUGGCGGAUCCGAGGCUCGAGAAGGACGUGUCAAACGGCGUAGGAGAUGAACAUGCCGAAUCGAAGGAGCAUGUUUACCUUGAAGAAACAUUUUAUAUUCUUUCGAAAAAAAAUUCAGUGUUUCGCGUUCAACUUACAUCCAAAGGGUUAACGCUAACAAAAGAAACAGAUGGGAACUCGAAAGAGCAAACGAUUCUGUUGCGCGACAUCGUCGGGAGCAAGUGUAUGAGGAGUAAAAGACGACGGCCCGGAGCAGGAUCCUGCGUGUGCAGUUUCGUUAGCCAGCAGCAGCUCAAGGUCGUCGAGGAAAACAGCGGUGACCUCGACGAGAACGAUAUCAGCGCGUACCUGUACAUCUACGCCUACAUUUUGAAAAGGAGCCGCCGCACUAUGAAACGGGAGAGAACAACAAUAACUUUGCGGUUCAGAUCGUAUGAUAAGUACGAAGAUAAUAACAAAGAGGCGCAGAAGUGGAGAUCGACAAUAAAGUGUCUGAUAGCGGGUCAGCCGAUCACUUACGUUCCGUCCGCGAAUGAUAAGAAGCUGUUGGUAUUGUUGAACCCUAAGUCGGGGCCGGGAAAAGCGCGAGAACUGUUUCAGACGAAGGUGGCUCCUAUUUUGCAGGAAGGGGAGAUUCCCUAUGACCUCCACGUGACUAAAUACGCGCAGUACGCCCGGGAGUUCGUCCGUACGAGGAAUGUGUACGGUUGGCGCGGGAUCGUGGCCGUGGGGGGAGACGGCGUGUUGUUCGAGGUCCUGAAUGGCAUGUUUGAGCGACUGGACUGGCAGCAAGCUCUGGCAGAAGUCCCACUCGGGAUCCUGCCUUGCGGCUCUGGCAACGGACUGGCCAGGACUAUUUGCCAUUUAUACAACGAACCGUACAUUCCUCAAAACCUGACCGGGAUGGCCAUGGCCCUAUCCCGCGGGAAAUCGGCGCCCAUGGACGUCGUUCGAGUAGAAACUAAGACACAAAUUAUGUUCUCCUUCCUGUCGGUCGGGUGGGGCUUUCUAUCGGACAUCGACAUCGAGAGCGAGCGGUUACGGGCCAUCGGCGGGCAGCGGUUCGCGGUCUGGGCGCUCGCCAGGAUCGUAGGGCUCCGGCGGUACAAAGGCACAGUCAGCUACGCGCUCAUCAAAGACGUCAGUAACCUUCCCAAGCCCAAACAACCUUUAGUGCUCAGCCACAGCAUCAGUCAGGACGGAGCGUUAGAUUCGCCCGACGCGGAAGCCUUCAUCGAUUGCGACGAGCACGACUCUAACGUGUGGACCAGCUCCGCGGGACCGGGCCGGCACCAACGCGUCGACUCCUGGUACUCCGUCAACUCCCGGCGCAGCGCGUUCUACAGCACACGAGGCUCCGAGUACCACAGCGUGACCAGCGCCGGCUCCGAGAUGCGGUCGCCCGUGCACGCGUGCAUGCACGGCCCCGCGCCCCACCUGCCGGCGCUCAUGUCCCAGCUGCCCGCGCACUGGACGCACGAGCAGGGAGAGUUCGUCAUGGUGCACGUGUCCUACCAAGCGUACAUCGGCGAGGACCUGCUCUUCGCGCCGCGCUCGCAGCUCUCGGACGGAGUCAUGUGGAUGCUCAUCAUCAAAGCCGGUAUAUCUCGAUCUCAGCUGCUGUCGUUCCUGCUGGGCAUCAACAACGGCAACCACGCGGCGAGCAACAACGAGUACAUAAAGCUGAUCCCCGUGAGCGCGUUCCGCAUCGUGCCGGAGGGCGCGGGCGGCACGCUGACGGUGGACGGCGAGCAGGUGGAGUACGGGCCCGUGCAGGCCGAGGUGUUCCCCAACAUUGUCAACCUACUCGUCCCCGACCUCAAAUAACACCACAAGUAUUAGCCACUUAAGGGAUUGAAAAUGACUGAAUUUAGUUACCUACUACUUAACCGAGCCGCAGUCUCGACGCGAAGGCCUUCGCAGCAAGUAUUCGUUAUGGUUGUGUUAAAAUGUCUAAAUUAUUCCACACCAAAGCCUUUAUUUCGAUAUGGACAUUCCAAGUAUAGUGAUUUAGUUUUAAAGUAUGAAUACUGUUUUAAUUGGUUCCACGGCUAUAUGUGAUAAUUUCUUGCAUGUAUCGGUUGUUAAAAUUUUGCAACUAGUCAAUGUUUUCGAAUGUUCGAAAGUAAGUGCCAAAAGACGCGCACUCUAAAUGUUUUACUUGUGCAACUUUCUAUGGAAUUGAUAUACAAGUUUGCUCAAGAAUUUUUAUUGUUAAUAAUGAGCAUUCGAUUAGCUAAUGAACUGCAAUAACGGUAAUACGUCCAUCGUUAUUCUCAUUCCAUUUCCAUGUUUGAUUUCAACAAGGACCAAUUUAUUCGUAUUGUAAAAUAAUGUUUUAUACAAUUAAUUACAUGUAAAGGCCACGACAUACUAACGUCUACCGAGCGUUGUCGUUUAGUCAACUCUAUGGCUGCAUUGGCUGCUGCUCACUUCACUUGCUCAGCUACGUUCUUUUCGGUAGCAUUGACGCAACGUCUAGAAGACGUUAGUAUGGGGUGGCCUUAUUAUCCACCCCACACUAGCGUCUGUCAAACGUCGGUUCUAUAGCUAUGACUAGACGUUAGCUAGACGCUCAAUGGACGCUAGUGUGGGUGGCUCUAUUUACUUGCCUUUUUGUAGAUUUUUAUGUUUUAAGACCUAAUUAAAAUAAUUAGUGCAAUGGUUUGGGUAGGGAUGUUUGGGAAUACUUAAUUUAUGUUUUGUUAAGUGUAAUUUAAACUACUGUAAUGUUUAAAACUUUCUGUGAUAAUAAUUAAUUCUGCCAUAAUGAUUUAUUUCAAUCGAUGUAAUCGAUUACGAGUUGAACUGACAGCAGCGGGGACCCCACCCCUUUUACACGCCUAAUUUAUUUAUUAAUUAUUCAUAUUACAAACUAUUGGAGGGUUUAGUAUUAAUUUUUGUAACCUAAGUGUAAGCGCAAAUGUAGUAAAUAUUAGAUCGAUUAGUACGACUAUACUUACUUUUUGUAGUUUAAUCAGCUUUUUUAUUACCAGAAAUCAAAGAAUGUAUUUUUUUUAUGUUUUACUAUUUCAAAGGAUGUCAUUUCUGUACCUAUUGUUCUUGCUGAAUUAAGGAAGAAGGAACAUAGGCUAGUCUUCAUAAAGUACCAAAACUGUUUUAUAAAAACAAGUGGAUGAAAUCUAAACUAAGGCAUUUCUUGAUACAUUUCCGUAGAAACUUAUAAGCUAAUUCACUAAGUAUUUUCGUUAUGUUUUUCCAUUAUACAUUUUAUUCCUCGUGAUUUUAAGCAAUGUAUAACAUAAGGUAUAUUAUAAGUAGAGUAUGAAAUGGGUUAUAAGAAUCUAGUACAAAGCUAUGCUACUAAAGUGAAAAUACAUAUAGCUUAAUUCUGAUCUCCGUUUUCUAAUAUCCUUGCCAACAAUAAUAUAAACCUGAUGCCAUUAACGAUAAGGACUUAUAUGGAAAGGAAACAGAAUUUAGCUCAACAAUAUUAUGUAUUUUUGAAGAUGACAAGCCAAGUUUUAAAAUAAUAAUUAAGGCUUAAUAUCAUUAGACUUUUUAUAAGAAAUGUAAAAUAAUUCAAUUCCAAAGGUAUGUUAAAGAUACAUUUUGUUUAUACAGAAUGAUUGUCAUCCAAAUAGAUUGGGAAUACAAUACAAGUCAUGUUGACUUUGAAUUGUAAUUUCUCUAGUGAAGAAAUAUCAUUAAAUUGUUAUAAAUCAAGAAUUUUAAACACCAUUGGAUUUUGUGAAUUAAUGUUAUUCAAAUUCCAAGUUUAUGAAACUGUUGUCAAUAAAUUAUUAUUCAAAACUAAA